UUCUUAUGUGAUAUGGUUUAUUUUUAGCGCAGUAUCGAUCGCAUAUUUUUCCUGUUAAAGAUCGCGAAACCGAAACUGGACUAUAUUUUAUAAAACGUAAAUUUGUGUCAAGCACAAUGGCGGCCAUUUCGGGGAGUGAGAUGGAAAGACAGUCAGAUGAACCAUUUCGUCUGUUAUGUUCACCUUGUAAACGUAAAGAAAGAAAUAAAGAAGCAGACAAAUAUUGCGCUGACUGCCAUGAUUAUUACUGUUCGGAUUGUGUGAAAUGUCACGACGAUAUUCCUGCUAUGUCUGGACAUAAGAUUCUAGAUAAAGAUCAAGUUAAAGAUGGAACAAGCGGAACACUGCCUGUAACACCAACACAAAGAUGCGAGAGACACGGGUUUAAACCUGUAGAUAUGUUUUGUCAAAGUCGUGAUAACGUUGGUUGUUCUACAUGUAUGGCAGUGGAUCACAGGUCAUGUAACGAUGUUUUCUAUGUGCCUGAGUAUGUCUUAGAUCAUGACCCUACAAGUCAAUGUGACGAUUUUCAACAGAAAAUGCAAGCUGUUACCGGUGAAAUUGAAUUUCAGCUACAAAUUCGACAACGGGAAAUAAAACGUCUGUUCAAACGGAAAGAAGAAGAAGUUGAAAACAUAAAACAGUUCCGGAUUGACAUCAACUAGAAACUUGACAAUCUUGAAAAGAAAAGCAUUGAUAACAUAGAAGAUAAAUACAAAGCAUUAAUCAAGAAGUUUGAAGAACAAAUUACCAUAUUGACAACUUUCCAGACAGAUGUUCAGACUUCAGCAGCAGAUAUUAUAUCCGCCUCAUCAAAUGUGUCGCAAAAAUUUGUGGGGAUGAAAGUAGCUUACUCGGUUACAGAAAGAGCAGAUAAUGGUUUAAAAGAGAAAGCAGUGGAAUUCAAAAGAUUUGAUGUUGUCUUUGAACAACAACCGAAGUUGAUGUCAAUGAUAGACCAAAUGGACAUAUUGGGAGAUAUUGUGGAAAAAACUGCUAUAUAUAGGCUAGGGGAAAAGAGGGAGAUUAGUAUUAAACAUGAUUCAGACUCUUACUCCUGUUAUGAUAUACGCAGUAUAUGUAAGCUUAAGGAUGGCUGUGUGAUUAUCGCUGAUGACAAUAAUCAAAGCUUAAAACGUCUUGACAUGACCUCAUUCAAAAUAUUAGUUGUCUGCCAACUCCCGAGAUGCCCGUGGCAAAUUUGUAAAAUUGACAAUGAGAUAGCGGUAUCCUCUCAUGGGAUGAACAUCGACAUUGUAACUACUAAAGGUCCUCUUAAAGUAGCACGGGAAAUAAAAACUGAUCAUCGCUGUUUAGGCUUAAUGUACAGAAAUGGUAAAAUUUAUGUAACUGAUUCAUUCAAGACUAUUUUUGUCUACAACAAGACAGGGAAAAUACUGAGUCAAUUUUCCAAAGAUCAGUCAGGUAAUAACUUGUUUGGCAGUGUCUUCAGUCUUACAGUCAGUCAAGAUGGAGAGAGGAUUUAUGUUGCUGACAUUACAUAUGGUCUUGUAGUACUUAGUAAGGAAGGAAAAUUACAUGGAAAAUAUAAUACUUUCAACCUCAAAUAUGCGACGGCGAUUUGUGAAACAGACAGUAGAGAUAUACUUGUUUGUGGUGAUACAAGUAACAAUAAUGUACAAUUUUCUCCAAAUGGUGAGGUGAUAGGAGAAAUACUUACAUCAGAUGGUCAAGCAGGAGGUUGUCGGGCGGUUUGCUAUGAUCGCAAUCACACGAGACUGAUAGUUGGACGAUAUAGACGGGAUUAUAUAGAAAUUUACGACAUGAAGUGAACAAUAAAGAACAAAUGAUAUUUAAACUUUCAUGGCAGUUAAUCAAUAACUGACUUAUUGAUCAAAUUUCAAGACAUCUGUAAUGAUAUUCUCUUAAGAUAAUCUUAAGGAAAAAUUUUACUCAAAAUGAAUAUGAACAUGUAUUUAUUUAUACAUUUCAUCCUGGAAUUGAUAUUUAAUAACAAAUGUCAGUGUAAAAGAUAACUUUUCAUGAAUUUUAUAAAGCUAAUACUUAAAUUAUUAAGAUGUGGUAAAAUUGUAUUUCCAGUUGACUGUCCUUAAUUUAUUUGACCAAAAGAACAAAAAAAAUGAAUGUCUAAAAUUGAAAAUGUUACUUCAUACACUUUUGGUGUCAUAUAAAGGCCACAUUAAAAGUAAUCAAUUAAAGUUCAAUAAUCUUUUAUUUUCUUUCAUCAAUUCAUUUGGUAAAGUAAUUUCAUAAGUAUGAUGAAGACAGCUUGAAUCCCCCAUCAUAUUAUGUGCCGUCAUUUUCGUUAUACAAACAUAGUGUAAGGGGGUGCUAAAUGUUUGCGUUAAUGAAAAUGAUUCUUUUGUGCCUUAAACAGUCUUUAUUCUGGGUAUGUUGUAAAUACAUUGUAUUUGUGUAGCAUCAUUUUUGUAUUUAUUGAAUAAAAUAUUAUUUUACUUGCAUAAUAUAAUUUUAUUCAACUCGUUCUAAAAGAUCAGUAUUGAACCUACAGGCCGGACAAGAAAUUGCUAA